UACCCGGAGGGUUACCCUGGACUCGCCGCUAGUCAAAUCGUCUCUUUCGACAUCGAUGUUACUCUCCAUCACGAUCGCGAUGUAAAUUAGAGAUCUUGUUCUCCAAAUCGAUCUGUAACGUUUAAUUUCAUGAUACUGUUGGCAUAUUUUUUGCGUGCAACAUGCCAAUGUUAACAUACAAUGGCUGCGGGAUAGGAGUUACGGACACUGAAAAUGGUUCCCCAGCAGGAUCGUUAUUGUCCGGCGAGGGGGAAAUUCCGGAAGAGGCUGGCGAUUCUCCGGGUACAUCAAGGGACACCGAAGAAGAAGCGACUCUUUCCGAUGAGUUCUAUUCCCACGACACCGAUGAUGAGGAAGAUCAAAGCAAAAGACGCCGGGAUCGUUCUAGUUCCCUAGACGGCAUUUCGUCUUCCGGAAGUGGUCAUUUGGGAUCGCCUACACCUCGUGUAGGUAACUUAGGAGUCAGAAAAUUAUUCACCAACAGUCGCGAACGAUGGAGACAGCAGAAUGUUAGCGGCGCCUUUGCCGAACUUCGUAAAUUGGUGCCGACGCAUCCACCGGACAAGAAACUGUCGAAAAACGAGAUAUUAAGAAUGGCGAUCAGGUACAUAAGAUUAUUAAGCAAUGUUCUCGAAUGGCAAAAGGGUCAAGAUCGUAAUGGGGUGCAACACGAUGUGCGUAUCAAAUGUGAGUCGCAUUUGAACAACCAAAAUCUCGUCACGUAUCAUGCGAAAUCGACCUUCCUGAAACAAGAGAAGCAGAAUGUGUCAGAAAAUUCUCACGUUUUUCGCGUCAAUUAUUCAACGCAGAGGCAUAACGUGCCAUGUGACAAGAACGGCAGCAAUUUACUAAUGAUUGCACCGACGGGACUCAACAUAGCCAUUUCCACCGGAAAACGCUGUGUCACACCUUCCGCCAUCGUUACCCAAAGCAAUUUUCACAGCAACAACAAUGGAAAUCUCAUACGUUCUCCAUCGAGCGGACGGUCCUCAAAUUUUCCGAAAUCACCGCAGAUCUCUAACACUAGCGUUAUAUCUAAUGGAUCCUCUUCGUCUUUAUCGAAUCAUACGCCAGUCACAAACGGGAUAGGAUCGAGUGGGCCAAACUGUGCUCAGAAGAGAUUCAAAAUCGAACGAGAAGAGGAAGAACAGGCUCCGAGGGACUGUCGAGUCCCACCGCCGCCUGUUCAUAGUGUACCGAUCAGAAAAAGAGUUAAAGUAGCCUUCGGGAAGGACUCGAGUUCAGGAUUCCGAGGUGACUUGUGUGGCACAGAUCGUAAAUGAAGCAUUGGUUGGUAGAUACCUAUUCAUGAAACAAUCGAUUUACUUUAAGCAUACGUAUUGUGUAAAUAUUUUUUUGCUGUAUUUGACAAUAAUUAGUAUAUGGAAUCAAAUAACUUCUGAAGAUAAAGAGAUUUUAAGUUAUAACAUAUAAAAAAAUUUUAUCUUCAAUUAAUCAAAUUUUAAAC